CGCUUGACUAUAAACAAGUCAGGAAUAAGUGAAAUUCUUUUCAACGAAAGUAAAAAGCAGUGUCAGCAAGUGGGAGAAAUUGAAAGAAAGAAGGGAGGAUUACCGUCACUUUCUUUGGCUGGUCUUCAAGGUAAAUUUGGGUCAAACGUUGACUUUCUGUUAAGCGUGGUGCAUGGUGCUAGUGCCUGAUACUAAAUGCAGUUCAGGAUGCACUUAUGGAUUAGACCCAUUGGAAAGAUUUUGUUCCUUUCUUUCCUUUUCCCUCUUUCUCUGAUUUAUGCGCAAAGGGAGUAUUACGCCCCCUGGUACGACGAAGAAAGCGAUGCGCCGAGAUGGAUAAAACUACCGCAGAGGCGAAACGUGGACGAAAAACAAAAUUACGCUGCCAUAAAUGAAGGUGCCGAAGAUAGUAGACACUUUGGUCCCGAUGCUAUAUACAAAAUCACUGAAACUCUGGGGGCGAUCAAUACUGUGGGGAGGUAUCUAGUCAACAUGACCCAGGGGGAAGUCGAUAACUCCAAGUUGUCAGAAGAAGUUCCGAGUGCCAUUUACACAAUCAGUAAAAACGUGCUAGGGCGAAAUGUGACUGACUCUAUCGCACCUUUAGUAAGAGAAGCUUUGCCCGUGGUGAUAGAUAAAAACGACGAAGAAGAAGAAGAGGAAGAAGAAGAUCCAAGAAGUUGUACAACACCGGAAGGAACGAAAGGAUUCUGCAACGACUUGAGUGACUGCCCUCAACUCUUACUAAAUCUGGGGAACCUGCGUCAGUCUCUUUGUUUCAAAAGUCUUUUCGAACCCGGCGUUUGUUGUCCCAAAAUCGACAUUUCCAAACCUACCAAACUAAGACCCGUUAAGUUAACCACGCCACCCCCUCAGAAGCUUAAACCAGUUACGCUGCCUCCAACGACGAGACCCCCUACAACAACCCUCAGUCCUAGUCUUCCUGUAGAUGGUCUCUUAGUGGACCCUUCAGAUUGCGGCCAGCCCGAGUCCGCCAAGUUCCGCGUGGUAGGUGGCGAGGAGGCCCUUCCUGGACGGUGGCCAUGGAUGGCCGCUAUUUUCCUCCAUGGGUCCCGCCGCACGGAGUUCUGGUGCGGAGGGUCGCUGAUAACCGCCCGACACGUCCUGACGGCCGCCCAUUGCACCCGAGACUCGCGCCAGAGACCAUUUGCAGCAAGACAAUUCUCGGUCCGAUUGGGAGAUAUUGAUUUGAAAAGAAACGACGAGCCCUCGAGUCCUAUUACUUUUAAAGUAUCAGAAAUAAGAGCGCAUCCUCAGUUUAGCCGUGUUGGCUUUUAUAAUGAUAUUGCUGUAUUGGUUUUGGAUAAACCGGCGAGGAAAUCGAAAUAUGUUAUUCCACUUUGCUUGCCGCCGCCUGAAUUGCAGACUGAAAGGUUUGCGGGGAGGAAGACCACGGUGGUAGGAUGGGGGACCACUUUUUACGGAGGAAAGGAGAGCACUGUACAGAGGCAAGCGGUGCUUCCGGUUUGGGCAAAUGAAGACUGUAACCAAGCCUAUUUUCAGCCUAUUACGGAUAAUUUCAUAUGCGCGGGUUACGCGAAAGGCGGCACUGACGCCUGUCAAGGAGAUUCGGGCGGUCCGUUGAUGAUUCAUUGGGAUACGCGCUGGAUACAAGUGGGAAUAGUGUCCUUUGGCAAUAAAUGUGGAGAACCUGGAUACCCAGGGGUGUACACGAGGGUGACGAAAUACCUCGACUGGAUCCGAGAAAACACACGAACGUAGCAACCGCACUUUAUUCGUUAUUACCGUGUGAUAACAAGUGAUCAUAACAGUUUUUAACCGUAUUUUUAAGAUAAAUUAUUAAAAUAAAUGUGAUAACUUUU